AUGGCCGCGUUCCUCCCGAGGCGGGGCUGCUCCGUUCCACGUAUUUUCUACCCCUCCAAAGGCCCCUCCUCCCGCUUCUUCUUCAACACACCACUCCACCGCUUCACCCAAUCCACACCCUCUUCCAUUAGAAACUUCCACGCUUCAUCAGCAAACAUGGGUAUCAACGUCUUCUUCGACUGCGAGUGGGAGGGCCCUGAGGUCCAGGUUGACUCCAAGGGCAACGUCACGUCGACCGGCGCCGUCAAGGAGCAGGCCGGCCGCAUCAACUUCGAGCUCUUCGACGAUGUCGUCCCCAAGACCGCCGAGAACUUCCGCGCCCUGUGCACCGGCGAGAAGGGCUUCGGCUACCAGGGCUCCAAGUUCCACCGCGUGAUCCCCCAGUUCAUGCUCCAGGGUGGCGACUUCACCCGCGGCAACGGCACUGGUGGCAAGUCCAUCUACGGCGAGAAGUUCGCCGACGAGAACUUCAAGCUCCAGCACUCCAAGCCUUUCCUCCUCUCCAUGGCUAACGCUGGCCCCAACACCAACGGCUCGCAGUUCUUCGUCACCACCGUCGUCACCUCGUGGUUGGACGGCAAGCACGUCGUCUUCGGCUCCGUUCCCGACGGUGACGUCGAGUCGUACAGGGUCGUCAAGGCCAUCGAGGCCUGCGGCAGCGGCUCUGGCGCCAUCAAGUACAGGAAGGCCCCCGCCAUCGUCAAGUCGGGCCAGCAGUAA